GGGUUGACACGCCGCACAGUUUAUGACCAGAAAGCCCAAAAGGCGUGGGCGUGGGUUUCAUCCAGUUGCGGAACAGAGGAGGGGUAUAAUGGUAAAUGCGAAAAGAACAAUACGGAAAUGGUUCAGUCACGGUCUGAAUGAAUUAUGGUUCCCAUCUCUAAAAGCAAACAACCAUUCUCUUCCUUUUAUUUCAUUUACUAUUUCAGCCCACAACUUUUCUUCUUCACUGCAAUCCCAAAUCUGAGCUGAAUUGCAGUUCACGUUUCAUCUUUCACGGUGAUUCUUGAUUUUCGUUUUCCAGUGGCGACCUCUGUUUUGAGUUGGGAGCUUUCUUGCUCGUUGAAUCUUCUAGUCAAUUUCGGUUCCAAGUGAAUUCAAUUUAGUCGUACAACGCGCGGAUUUCGUUUUUCCGAUCUUAUUUCUACUUCAGAGUUGGCCUCUUAGUUCUCCUGGACAAUGGCGAAGCGUGGAUAUAAACUACAGGAAUUUGCGGCACACUCAGCAAACGUCAACUGUCUAAGUAUUGGGAAAAAAGCUUGCCGACUGUUUAUAACUGGUGGAGAUUAUAAAGUCAACCUUUGGACAAUCGGAAAACCUCAUUCUUUGAUGAGUCUGUGCGGUCAUACUAAUCCAGUUGAAUCAGUAGCUUUUGAUUCAGCUGAAAUUUUGGUGCUCGCCGGAGCUUCUUCUGGUGUGAUAAAGCUGUGGGAUCUUGAAGAGGCUAAAAUGGUUCGCACUCUUUCUGGUCACAGAUCAAACUGCACGGCAGUUGAGUUUCAUCCAUUUGGUGAGUUCUUUGCAUCAGGUUCAAGAGACACUAAUCUAAAAAUCUGGGAUAUCAGAAAGAAAGGUUGCAUUCACACAUACAAGGGUCACACUCAAGGCAUUAGUACUAUCAAGUUCACGCCAGAUGGUCGAUGGGUAGUCUCUGGUGGAUUUGAUAGUGCUGUAAAGGUAUGGGAUCUAACUGCAGGAAAGCUGUUGCAUGAUUUUAAGUUCCAUGAAGGGCACAUUCGAUCCAUAGCUUUUCAUCCACUAGAGUUUCUCCUUGCGACAGGGUCAGCGGAUAAAACUGUAAAAUUCUGGGAUUUGGAAACCUUUGAAUUGAUUGGAUCUACAAGACCAGAGGCAACUGGAGUACGUGCAAUCACCUUCCACCCAGAUGGGAGGACCCUGUUUUCUGGUCUAGAUGAAAGUCUGAAGGUAUAUUCAUGGGAGCCUGUCAUCUGUCAUGAUUCUGUUGAUAUGGGAUGGUCAACACUUGGUGACCUUUGCAUUCAUGAUGGGAAACUUUUGAGCUGCUCAUUUUAUAGAAAUUCUGUUGGAGUUUGGGUAGCUGAUGUAGCGAAUAUUGAGCCUUAUGGAGCUAGUUCAGUAUCUGCACAAAAGGAGCCGAAAGAACAGAAAUCUAAUUCUACUUUCAAGAACAAUCUAGCUUGCAAAAGCAUUGGAGCUGGUCUAAGGACUUCAAAUCUGCAAUCUGUGUCUCCUGAUUAUGAAACCAAGGAGAUAAAAAACAUAUACGUAGACACAACCGGUGGAAAGCCUGUUGCCCCACAGAAAGCUGAAUCUUUAAGCUCCCCAAAAGUUGUAUUCACAUUGGACUCAAAGGAGAUUAGCUAUGAUUCAAGCCCAAAGCAAAGUCCUGCAUCAAGAGUUGAAAUGAAAUCCAAUGAAGUAUCAAACGACAAACCCCCGGUUGUACCUUGUGAUAGUACCGAGGGUAAAGACUCACCAAGCUCUGUAAGGGAAUCUAUCACAUUUUCCAAGACAAGGCGUGGUAUGUUACUCAGACCAGCUCAUGUAAGAAAGCCAUCAAAUAGUAAAAUGGAUCUUGAAAAACUAUCAGUGUCAGUUGAUUCAAGUAGAAAAAUUGAUCUCGAGAAACUACCAGUUGUAGAUUCUGUAAAUAUUAGUCAUACCUUCCAUGAUUUGAAUAGAACUCAACAACCAAACUUCCAAGCUAGUGUUGUACCCGAAGUACAUAAAGAUUCUCAUACAAAAACUUCUGACAUCAAAAGUAUUGAAGAGAAGAUUGAAAAAGUUCCCUCUGCUGAGAUGCCUUCUGAACAAGAAAUCCGCAAUAAAUCAGUUGAUAGCAAAGCGGUCAACUCCGUUAAAUUUGUGAAUGGAGUGGCAGUUGUUCCUGGAAGGACUCGCACUCUAGUCGAGAGGUUUGAAAGGAGAGAACAAACUAAUAAUUGUGAAGUACAGACGACAGUUUCACCAUCCCAUGUCCUUGAAUUAGAGAAGACAAGAGAACAGACUAAUAGCUAUGAAGUACAGGCAAUGGUUGCACCUUCUCAGAUCCUUGAACCUGAGAAGACACGUGAACGAACUAAUAACUUUGAAGUACAGGCAAUGGUUAUACCCUCUCAUGUCCCUGAACCUGAGAAGUCAAGAGAACAAACUAAUAAGUAUGAAGUACGGGCAAUGGUUAGACCUCGUACCCCUGAAACUGAGAAGCCAACCAUUAAGUGUGAAGCAAAAACAACAAAUAACUAUGAAGUGAAAACAAUUAUACCUUCUCGUAUCCCUGAAACAGAUAGAAGAGACGAUUUACAGAAAGGGGAGCCUCAAGUUUCUGGAAGGGAUUCUACCUCUCCAAAUGAUAGGGAUGUCAUUGAAGAUUUAAUGCAAUCUCAUGAUGUAUUCUUAAGCAGCCUCCGUUCCCGCCUGACAAAAUUGCAGGUGGUGCGACACUUUUGGGAGYGGAAUGACAUGAAAGGUGCCAUAAAUGCCUUGACAAGGCUGCCGGAUCAUUCUGUGCAAGCAGAUGUGAUCAGCGUUCUCAUUGAGAAGAUGGAUGUCUUGACUCUAGAUUUAUUCUCGUGCCUGCUUCCCGUACUCGUGGGUUUAUUGGAUAGCAAGAUAGAAAGGCAUGCCAGUUUGUCAAUGGAGAUUCUAUUAAAGCUUGUGGCGGUUUUCGGUCAUGUUAUAACCUCAGCAGUAUCAGCACCUCCAGUAGUUGGUGUUGACCUUCAUGCAGAGCAGAGGAUAAAAUGCUGUAAGCAAUGCUUCACCCAGCUGCAGAAGAUUCAAAAAAUUCUUCCAUCAUUUGUAAGGAGAGGCGGUUCUCUAGCACGAAGCGCUCAGGAAUUAAACCUAGUACUUCAACAAUCAUAAGUUUCGUUCUCCCUGCCAAAUUUCUGGCAAAACACAAAUAAGUAGGUAGGCUGACAACCCCCCUAAUAGAAAGAAUGUGGAGAUGCAGCACCUUUCAAGUUGGAACCAUAAGUCAUGCCCCACAAUUUUGCCUGGGUGCUUGCUUCCAGUUCCAGCUUCGUCAGUUGUAAAGUGAUAUGUUGAGAUUCAUGGAGGGAAAGUAGGAAAUGUAAAGGUCAUCGACCGAAAACCGGUCGGAGUCUUCAGGCAGAAAGUUACCCCUCAUCAUUUUGAUUCUUCAUAUUCUGGGUAUUGUUUGUAUCUUCUGUGAACAUUCUGUAAUUAUGUGCAAAUUCAUACAUGUAAUGCGUGGAGACAUUCUAAGGAAAGUAUGUGCAUAGAGUCAAAUCCGUUUGUUUCUACUUACAGAAUCUUGAUCUUCUAUUGAAUGCCGAUGUUUCUUCUCUGUAAGUAAAAACUUCCCUUUACAUGUUAACGUAUAAAUCUAAUCGCCUAGCACUGUUAUGGCACAAGGCAACGAUUCGUAGGGAA